CAUGGAGAAGGACACUUGCUUUCCAGGAUCUCUCAGCAGCCAGCCCAGCUUCUCCUGCUCUCGCAACUAUGCGCACUCCCGCCCAGACUGCCGGUGCCCUUGCGCUGCUGUUUCUGCUACUGCUCAGCAUUUCGAUUCAAGCAUCUGAUCCCCCAACCUCCUGCUGCUUCAGCUACACAAAAAAGAAGAUUCCCCGUAGUCAUGUGGUCGAUUAUUACGAAACAAAUAGCAAAUGCUCUCAGCCAGCUGUUGUGCUUAUCACACGGAAAAAACUACAGAUCUGUGCCAAUCCCUCUGAGAAGUGGGUCCAAGAUUAUAUGAAUGACUUGAAAGCAAGACGAACAGUGCGUGGAACUGAGGCAUAUGCAGCAGAGAUGAACGCCUAAGGGCACAACUUCUUGCCUAAUCAAGCAAUUCUCUAGGUGCACUGCAGUUAAAUCUCAGGAAUUUAUUUUAAAAUAUUUAAAGUGUUUUGUUCAGGGAAUGAAUCUGCACUCCUAAUAAUUUAUUUUAUUUAUGUAAACACAAGAUAAGGAACUUUUUAUACAUUUAUAUAUUUGAGUGUGACAAUGUGGAUCAAACAGAAUAAGUAUUUGUGUAAUAAAUGUUUUUCUACUAAUGUUA